UUAAAAACACAUCUGCUGUUGUUUUAUGGUGUUAACAGACUGGAACGAUGUCCUGUAUAACGUGUUCAACAUUAAACUACAAAUAAAGAUUUGUUUCAAAAAAGAGAGGGAGACGAGGAGAGGGAACAAGCCCCUCCCCCGUAGAGAGCAGGCCCAGCUGCCUUAGACCGGACUCAUCCUGUCACCCUGUGCGAAGGGGACCUUCUCAGAACCUGCAGCCUUCGCUGGAUCGUCGGUGACUUGGUGAAUUAAGAUCCUGAUAGCACUUGCUGAAUCUGUCCUGCCAUGGCGUCCUCCUUGUUCAGCCGUCAGCUUUCUCUCUCCCUGCAGAAGAACCUAUGGCUCGGUGCUGCAGGUAAAUCAAGCUCUUCAAAUACAGGGUGCAGAUAUGUCAGCAAAGCAGCUCCGAAGACCCAGGUGGAGUAUGACUACGAUGGACCUUCUAUGAAAACUUCAGUUCCGGGGCCACGAUCAAAAGAGCUGACAAAACAACUCGGGGAAAUCCAGAAUGUUGCUGCAGUCAACUUCUUCUGUAACUAUGAGGAGAGCAGGGGAAACUACCUGGUGGAUGUGGAUGGCAACCGCAUGCUGGAUAUCUACUCUCAGAUCUCUUCCAUUCCAAUUGGUUACAACCACCCUGCUCUUCUCAAACUGAUGGCCAAUCCCAACAAUCUGAGUGCAUUUGUGAACCGACCUGCCCUGGGGAUCUUGCCACCUGAGAACUUUCCAGACAAACUGACUGAAAGUCUUCUCUCAGUUGCUCCCAGUGGAAUGACUCGUGUUCAGACCAUGGCCUGUGGCUCUUGCUCAAAUGAGAACGCCUACAAAGCAAUGUUUAUCUGGUAUAGGAACAAGGAACGAGGUCACAACACACCAUCCGAUGAAGACCUCAGCACCUGUAUGAUAAACAAGUCGCCAGGUUGUCCAGACCUCAGUAUUUUAUCAUUUAUGGGAGGUUUCCAUGGAAGAACUAUUGGUGCUUUGGCAACAACACACUCAAAAGCAAUCCACAAGCUGGAUGUGCCUUCAUUUGAUUGGCCCAUCGCACCGUUCCCCAGACUGCAGUACCCACUGGAGGAGUUUGCCAAAGAGAAUGCACAGGAGGAGGCUCGUUGUCUGGAGGAGGUGGAGGACCUGAUCAUAAAGUGGAGACAGAAGGGGAAACCAGUGGCAGGGAUUGUAAUUGAACCGAUCCAGGCUGAAGGUGGCGAUAACCACGCCACCCCCAACUUCUUCAAAAGCCUCCGCAACAUUGCACGCAAGCAUGGCUGUGCUUUCCACGUGGAUGAAGUCCAGACUGGUGGGGGGAGCACAGGAAAGUUUUGGGCCCAUGAGCAUUGGGGCAUGGAAGAUCCAGCUGACAUUGUCUCCUUUAGCAAGAAACUCCUGACUGGUGGCUUCUACUACAAGGCUGAAUUACAGGCUGAAAAGGGAUACCGAAUUUUUAACACAUGGAUGGGUGAUCCAUCAAAGAACUUGUUCCUGGUUGAGGUUCUCAAUGUCAUUCGCAGAGAAAGACUUCUGGAGGAGGUUACCCGUUCUGGAAAAACUCUGCUAAAUGGUCUUUAUGAGCUACAGACUCAAUACCCUGGCAUACUGAGCCGCGCUCGAGGGCAGGGGACCUUCUGUGCCAUUGAUGUCUGUGAUGAUGAAACGCGCGACAAAAUCUUGCUCAAGACCAGAGACAAAGGUGUCCUCCUUGGAGGGUGUGGGGAUCGAUCGAUUCGUUUCCGUCCAACACUGCUUUUUAAAGAGUACCAUGCUCACAUCUUCCUUAACAUCUUCAAUGACGUCUUGGCCCAGUACAAAUAAAUGUUGACCCUGAAGGAACCUGACAUUAGAGCCUAAAAUAAUCGAGAGGGAAGGCAGGGAAACUCCUGACAGUCCAUGAAAUGAUAAGCACAAUCCACCUAAUCACGUAUGCAGAUAUCCCACAUAACCUCUGAUUAAGUUAGGUAUAGCAGACUGGGUUAGUCAUCUUUUUGGCCAGAAAUAAUUAUAGUGAUGUCUUCUUACAUGUGCUGCCAUACAAAUUUAUCCUGAAACCACAUGGAACAGAUACCAGUAGUUACAAAUGCAGUUAAACACAAUAAUCAUGUUUCUGUAAAUCUAUUGAAGUGACUCCAACGUUUGAACCUUUCUCAUCUGGAUUUGUGCUCUUGUCUUAACUUGUCUAGCAGUUCUUAUGCAGACUUUCCAUUAAAAGUAGCAGUUCAAUAUUCAGACCAAAGCAAGGAGCAGCUGAUGUUUUCCAUGUAAUUGGAAGACAUUUUUUUCUGUAAGGUAUUUUAAAGUACCUGUAAACUUCUGUUCAUCUCAUCUCAUUCUUGGUUUCAUUGGACGUGAUGGUUUUGAAAUUUAUGGCACAGAAAGAUGACAUCGCCUUUGUCAAUCUGGCCAAUAAUAUAAUAGCUGGAUAUCAUUCAUGUGUACAACAAUAAACUUUAUGUCUGAGGUUUAAAGGUCAGGAACCACAUUUAACAUGUGGGUUUGUUCCUUUAGAAGGUUGCACGGCAGGAGACAGAUAGAUAAGUAGGAGGACAAAGAUGCCACCUCACUUCAUGACGAAGUCUUGCAUAAAGUGCUCAUAUGCCACUUACAUCCAACUGCCUGUAACACAGAUAGACAGUAAAGAAGGCAAACAAUUAUCUUGGAGACACAUCUCAGUGUCAGAGACCAAUCUGUGUAGGGAUGCACAAUAUAGUUAAGAUGGCAGCCUGCAUGUCAUUUGAUGUUGCCCAUUAGAAAUGCCCUUAUUAUUAUUCUGACUGUUGUGUUGCUCUUAACGAGAAUGACUUUUCAGCCUGAAAUGUUGUAGCCCAGCAAAUGUGAAUCUUAAAUUGACCAUGAAAAUGUUAUAGAUUAUUCAGUGUCUGCAUGUUACUUAAAUCUGCUUUUUUUUUCUUUGCCACUGGAUCAGAUAACAGUAGCCAUUGGUAACCCUUAAUAGAAUUAAACUUUUGAACAUAUUGAUUUUACUCUUGAACAAGAGCAUCAUAUCAGUUGCUUUUUUUUCAGUAAAUAAUAUUACUUCUGGAGUUCAACUCUCACUUUAAUAAGAUUUCAAAUUCACCACUUCUUAUUUCUGAUAGAUAAUUGGAAAGUCAUAGUCAGCAGUCGUUAUUAACUAAGCCAAUCAGGCUUGUUCCCAACCUUUUUUUGGGACAGUCUCACUUAGAAUAAGCUUGUGCCAUUUGUCAAGGGAAAGUUUCACGAGUGGUUUCUAUACUGGAUCUUUACUGCCCUCUGACACCAAAGAGAGAAACAUUCACAGGUAGGUGAGAACUAUGGCUGUUUAAGCUUUUCCCCUUCAAGCCAUGAAGAGGCAACUGUGAGCCCAUUGCAUAGAACCUUCAUCAGUGUCUAGGAAUGUUCUAUGGAGCUUCUAGAAGUCUAAAGAAUAUCUAAAAAAAUGUAAAGUGUUACCAAAAUAAUUUCCCUUUUAUUAAUUUCCUGAGAUUCAAUACAGUACAUAUAAAUAUAUUAACAUCCAUGAUGCAAAAUAUAUAUCCCAUAGAUGUAAUGUAAAUAUUUGUUAAACAUAGUAAACUCUGUCAGUUUUUCUUGUAUGGAGUUGUCCUUAGUCCUAAUGACUUGACUAUUUGCCCUGGUGAUCUGAAACAGAUGAUUAUUGAUGUAAUUAUUUUAGAAGGCUCUAUCUGUUGUCUAUAAAACAUUGUGUAUGUAAUGUGUUAAAUAAAUGAAGUUUUAACUUUG